GCAGGAUUUAUGCCUAGACGACGUUGUUUUGGCUAUAAAAGGAUGGCUUCACUUGGAGCUCUUCUUUGACUCGUAUCUUUCAUUUUCUUUCCUGAUUACUAACAAAGCAAUUUACUCUGAUAAUAAUGGAGAGAGGAAAGAUGAAGAAUAUCAAGCAGAGAACAAUGGCGGUUUCGCUGAGAUGUUUUUGUAUAUGCACAUUGAUGGUUCUAGUCCUCUUCGUUAGUGUGAAGGCAUCGACGGAGAUGGAGAAAUCGAGGUACGAGAAAAAGCGGCAGUUGCAGAGCUCCAACAACUCAUCAAUGGCGGACGGGUCAGGUGAUGCAUGGAAUGAGCAUGCCGUUGAGAAUCCGGAGGGGGCUGCUUCAGUGGCUGAUGAGAGCACACGCAACAGCACUGCAAGAAGGAAUUUAGGAUUCUUCUCAUGUGUAGCAGGCAACCCAAUUGAUGAUUGUUGGCGAUGCGACCCCAAUUGGCAGCGAAACAGGAAGCGUCUUGCUGAUUGUGGGAUUGGUUUUGGACGCAAUGCCAUUGGUGGUCGCAACGGCAGAUACUAUAUCGUGACUGACCCUCGCGAUGACGAUCCUGUUAAUCCAAAACCUGGCACCCUUCGCCAUGCUGUUAUUCAAGAAAGACCUUUAUGGAUUGUGUUCAAGAGGGACAUGAUCAUCACUCUUAAGCAGGAGCUUAUUAUGAACAGUUUCAAGACUAUCGAUGCCCGUGGAGUUAACGUCCACAUUGCCAAUGGAGCUUGCAUUACUAUCCAAUUUAUCACAAAUGUCAUUAUUCAUGGUCUCCAUAUCCAUGAUUGCAAGCCUACCGGCAAUGCCAUGGUUCGUAGCUCGCCUACUCAUUAUGGUUGGAGAACUAUGGCUGAUGGAGAUGGGAUUUCCAUUUUUGGGUCUAGUCACAUUUGGAUUGAUCAUAAUUCUCUGUCGAAUUGCGCAGAUGGCCUUAUUGAUGCUAUAAUGGGGUCAACUGCCAUUACAAUUUCGAACAACUACUUCACCCACCACAACGAGGUUAUGUUAUUGGGUCACAGUGACUCCUAUACAAGAGAUAAGCAGAUGCAAGUAACAAUUGCCUACAACCAUUUUGGUGAGGGUCUUAUCCAGAGAAUGCCAAGGUGUAGGCAUGGGCAUUUCCAUGUGGUGAACAAUGACUACACACAAUGGGAAAUGUAUGCCAUUGGUGGAAGUGCCGAACCUACCAUUAACAGCCAAGGAAACAGAUAUCUUGCCCCUAACAAUGCUUUCGCUAAAGAGGUGACGAAGAGGGUGGAGACAGCAAAUAAUGUAUGGAAGAACUGGAAUUGGAGAUCAGAGGGAGACCUCAUGCUAAAUGGAGCCUACUUCACUCCAUCAGGAACCGGAGCUGCAGCAAGCUAUGCCAUGGCUUCAAGCUUGGCUGCCAAGUCCUCUUCCAUGGUUGGCACCAUUACCUCAAGUGCCGGUGCUCUUUCCUGCCGCAGGGGUCGUCAAUGUUAAUUCUCAAUCCUAAGUUCCCAAAAACAGGGAAAAAUAAACCCAAAAAAAAAAAAAACUCUUCCCUUACUGUUGCUGUAGCAACUAUCCAGCAAGAUUGCAGUCAUUCUCUGUUCCAUCUCUCUCCUUCUCCCCUGUAUUUGUGUUGCUCAACAAAAUAUUUGGCAGUGUACAUUAUAUUACAGGUGCCAUUGAGCUGUCACACCCAGAUAAAAAAAAAAAAAAAAUCCACUUGUCACCACGCCAUUGAUCGACCUCGGCCUGCUUUAAAUGCCGCAGUGUUAGCUCACCAUCUUCAGCAUUUUGUUCAAAACCCUGUUCCUCGCAGAGUCAAUUUGUCCAUUUUCUCCUCUGUACUAUAAUUUACGAAUUCUCAACUCUGAGUAAUGCAAAAAUUCAUACCAAAAAGAUAUUGUUCAGCUCCAAA